AGACUGGGGAGGACCAUAUAAAGCAAAGGCUCGAGUGCGCACAAAGCACAACUUGUACGGGACACUGACACAGAGCAGCUGAGCACACAAAAGAGAGGACAACAAAGGGAAGACUGCAUUGAAACUGGGAACAAUGGAGCCUGAUAAGAAGUUUCACACAUCACCAGAGCCAACAACAGAGAGGGAUCUGUCUGAACAAAUAAAGUCAGCUACCAGGGACAGUCAUGUGCGAGCAGAAAACACUGAGCUGAUGCUGAGCUUCCAGAGGGGGCAGGUCACCCUACCACAGUACAAGCUUCUGCUAUGCUCCCUGCACGAAAUCUACUCUGCACUGGAGGAAGAGAUGGACAGGAACAGUGAACAUCCCGGCGUUGCUCCUAUCUACUUCCCUCAUGAACUGGCCCGGCUGGAGUCCAUUGAGAAGGACCUGGCGUACUUCUAUGGACCUGAGUGGAGAGAGAAAAUAGCUGUCCCAGCUUCCACUAAAAGAUACAGCCACAGACUCAGACAGAUUGGUAAAGAAAACCCAGAGUUAUUAGUUGCCCAUGCCUACACGCGUUACCUUGGCGACCUGUCUGGCGGGCAGGUGCUUGGUCGGAUUGCACAGAAGUCAAUGGGACUCAAAGGUUCUGAAGGCCUCUCUUUCUUUGCCUUCCCCGGCGUGUCCAGCCCUAACCUGUUCAAACAGCUGUACCGUGGACGCAUGAACAGCAUUGAGCUCACGGAAGAGGAGAGGAAGAGCGUGCUGGAGGAGGCAGUCACAGCUUUUGAGUUAAACAUCCAGGUCUUUGAUGGUUUGCAGGCCAUGUUAAGCCAACCCCAAGACAAGCAGCAGAUUUCAGAGUCCACACAAGUGAACAACAACACCCAAACACAGCAGUCCUUGAUCAAUGUUUUCCCACUUUUACGAAUGUGUGUGGGAUUCUUUUUGGCGGUGGUCACAGUCACUAUGGGAGUAUAUGUCUUUUAGAUUUGUAUCAAUAGUAAUACAUUCUAACUCACCCAUAUGAGAUACACGUGUAGAUAUUUUUGACAAAACUGUAAAAUAUGAUAUGAUGUACAUUGUUUUCCUAAUUUUUAUAAUCUGUUGUGAGCGUGUAUAAUGGGUGACUGACUGAAAACUAUGUGCAAUAAGUUCCUUGUGCAAUAUGAUGUAAAUAUCUUAUUAAAAUGUUUUUUUUUCAUA